AUGGCUAAGUCUACUCAUAAAUGUGGACAACCAUACUGCUUAUUUCCCGUGGAUGAAGGGAUGCAAUGUGAUGAGUGUAAUAAGUGGUUCCAUAAGAUGUGCACCCGACUAAGCCCCACUGCAUAUAAACGGUGUUCAAAGCCCAACUCUCACUGGCUUUGUAGUUUUUGUUGCUCAAGCAAAACAUUGCUUAUCCAGGAAGCAAUUAGUCUCCUGGUGUUGGCUAAUAAGAAGGUUGAUGAAGGCUGUACUGAUAACAUUGGUACUGAUGGCGAAGAUUGCGUUAGUGUCGUAAGUGCUAUCACGGCGCAAGCCAGACAUCUACCUGUGCAACCAGCAGUUAAACGUUCUCCUCCGAAACGUUCAGUGAGUGACACGUCAUUAGACGUUGGUGGCCAUAUUGCUACAGCAGCAACCGGUGACCCAGAUAAAACAAUUACUGUCCCGAGUUGUUCUAAUGUAGACGUUUCGACUGAUGGAAAAUGGAUGACGCGAAAACGCAGAAGAGUAGGAAAGAUAGCUAAAACUAAUGACUGUUUACUUGGUAAGUCCUUGGUGGACUUGUAA